UGAUCUCCUUUCUACUCCACCGCGUUCGCUUCAAUCUUCCUCUCAACACUCGCAAAUAAACGCACACAGUAUGGGACGUGCAGAAGGCGGCUCUACCAAGGCCAUCGCCAACGCCAUCAAGGCCAAGGGUCUCGGAAGGCUGCGAUGGUACUGUCAGAUCUGUGAGAAGCAGAUGCGUGACGAGAACGGAUUCCAGGCCCACUGUCGCUCCGAACCGCACUUGCGCAAGAUCAUCGCCGUCGGCCCCAAGGCGGGCGCAACGAUCGCAGAGUUCAGCCGCCAGUUCCAGUACGAGUUCCUGUCGCUCCUCAAGUCGCGACACAACACGCAGCGCGUGCGCGCGAACGCCGUGUACAACGAGUACAUCCAGGACAAGGAGCACGUGCACAUGAACGCGACGCGCUGGGUCACGCUGAGCGGGUUCGUCGGAACCCUCGGCAAGGCCGGUAUCGUCAAGGUCGACGAGGACGACAAGGGGCUGUGGAUCCAGUGGAUCGACAACACGCCCAAGACGCUGCAGAAGCAGGCCGCACUGCAGAAGAUGGAGCGCGCGACCAUGGACGGCGAGGAGCGCGAGCGCAAGAUGCUCGAGGACCAGAUUGCGCGUGCGCGCGCGGCUGUCGGCGCGGACGAUAACCAGCCCGAGCAGGGGCUGCAAAAGGUCGAAGGCGAGAAGAUCACGCUGAGCUUCUCCAAGGCCGAGCCUGGCGAGUCGAGCGGCGCGGCGUCGACGUCAGCAGGCGACAAGCCCAAAAUUUCGUUCGGCACCAUUGGCACCUCACUCGGUGCCGCCCCAGCAGCAGGAGCAGCGCCAGCCAACCCGCUCAAGAUUGGUAACCCGCUCAAACGCGCCGCGCCGACCAACGUCUUCAAGACGGCCAAGUCGGCCAAGACGGAGCCCAAGGAGGAGAGCAGCAAGCCCAAGGCUUUCAUGAGCGAGGCGGAGCGGCUGAUGAAGGAGGACCUCGCACGCAAGGCUGCACGCGGUGGCGGAGGAGGUGGCGGUGGCUACACUGGCGCUGGCCCACGGCGCGGCGGCCCAGUGAGGAGGUAGACGAGUGUGAUUGUUGUAUUAUCCUGCAUUAGUGUGACGCGUUUGCAUGUAUCCAUCGAUCGUUGCA